AUGAGCGACCUCCUACAGCUGCAUGGCGAUGUCAUCCUAUCGAAUCCCUCUACACCAUUAUACCGCUCGGUCUCUAGAUGGUCUGACACGGGCAUUUUAGAACGUCCUGCGCUUACAAUUGUUCCGAAAUCUGAGGAAGAUAUUGUGGUUGCCAUAGACUACUCCAGAAAGAAUGCACUUCAGUUAUUUCCUGCUGGCGGUGGGCAUGGCUCAUUUGUCUCUGUCACCUCUAGGACACUAUAUCUUGACUUGAGAAGAUUUGAUAAGGUUGAAGUGGACACUGACGCUCAGACGGUCACCGUCGGAGGCGGAGCUUUAACUGGUCAGCUGGUUAAAGCAUGUACUGACCAAGGAUUCUACACCACAUGGGUCAACAGCAAUGCGGUUGGUGUUGUCGGGAGUAUAUUGGGUGGAGGUAACCCGACCAUGGGUGGUUUACAUGGAAUGAUGAUUGACUAUGUUCUUUCCGUCCGUUUGAUCACUUCCGAGGGGAGACCAGUAGAAGUCAGUCCCGCAUCGACUGGCAAAAAUCUCGCACUGUUCAAUGCCCUGUGCGGAGCAGGCAACGGACUUGGUGUGAUCACCUCAGUGGUAAUGAGGAUAUUCCCCCUAAGUAAUCUUCAACUGUCGGAGCAUGGGGUUUGGACCCGCAGACUCAUCUUUCCAGAGUCGGCAAUUGAUCUUGCGGCCAGCGUGUUUGACAAACUACAGCGUCCUCCACCACCUAUGGUUGUAGCUAUGGUUUUCGCAAGAGCGCCACCAAAUGCGUUUAGGCCAGGUGCACCAAUUAUUAUUCUCACAGUGACCUAUUAUGGGGCUUUGGAUCGUGCGGAAGCGACCGUCCCAGUCUUAUUCGAUGAGGAAACCGUCGCUAAAGCUAUCAGUGCACAAACAGUACUGAUACCACUGUCCGAAGUAAACGAUAACCUUGCACACUUUGACGUGCACGGUGGAUUCAAAGAUAUUCAAUCCGCUUGGGUUAAGGAGACCCAUUCAGAGACCAUCGUGACCGCAUUUGGAAAAUGGCUUGAUUUCACCACAGAAUACGAGGAUGCAAGGCGUACCACCGUAGUCUUGAGUAGCUUCAACACUCAAAAACAAAUUGAGAUCAGCAACACAGCGGAAGGACGGGCGAGAUACUGCAGUCACCGUGACAGAGGAACUCAAGCAUUGAUCAUCAGUUGGUUCACGGAACAAAGUACCAAUUCGGCUGCAGCAAAUUUCGCCAAAGUAAUCAAAGCCUUGUACAGGCAUGAUAGAUCGGCUUCAGAACUACCGCGGACCAUUCUGAACAACCUUGGCCCCGACACCAAACCGGCUGAGUUGCACCCUGAGGGCCGAGUCAGACAGUUAAAGAAAUUAGCCAGUGUUUGGGAUCCUAGUGGUCUUUUCUGGAAGCCAUGGGACUAG